AUGGGGAACCACAUCAUUACCGCUGUUGUUUCCAUGUGCUCGUCCCGCAUACUGUCUCGGUUGCGACUGGCCGUUUCUGCGAGAAACACAACGAAACGCCCCUUUAAGGACACCCUUCGAGAAGCUCUGAUGGCUGUGGAGAUCGUUGGGCAGAAUCUAAGAAACAGGACUUUGUUGGAGACUGUACGCAGCUUUACCAUGAGAGCGAGAGAAGUCGAGAAACUUCUUGACUCGUGGUCCCAAUAUCAGGUUGACACACGCUUAGUAGGAGUUGUGGAAGGCAUUUAUCAACUGCAGCAGGUUGUGGGACUCGCUGAUUUGAUUCAUAUCAUUCCAAAUAAGGAUAUGGACCCCUCUUUAAGGCAGAGUUUGUUGGAUAUUGUGAACAAGAUCGCCAGGUAUUGGGAGGUCGCGAGGUUCCUAUACCGUACGGCGAAGAGAUUUCCGUUGGCUCGAGUAAUGAGAGCAGUCCCUGUUCGUCUUCCCAAAGAGUCGUUUUCUAUCCCUGUUCUCAAUGAAUAUGCUCCUGAUUUACGGGCCAAGAUCGCCGAAACUGCUCCGAGAGGCAGUCAGCAGAAGCUCCUCAAAGAAAUUUGCGCAAUAUUGAAGAUCAGUCAGCAAGACGCUAUCUACGAGUACACUUCUCAGGUCAUGCGAACCUUGAAUACCGCAAAAAUCCAUGCAGAGAUUCAGCUAAUUGCCUACUACGAAUUACAAAACCCCAGAAUAUUACAGCGAGUGAUCUGCUCGAGCAAGGAUGCCUGUUUUCUCUGCAACUUGUGUCUCCAGGUGUACCAAAAAACAUACACACCACGCUCUCACGGAAGACUAUAUCCAGGUUGGAGGCUACCUUUGCUACCCCAACUAGCCGAGUUGGAGCAAAGACUUUGCAACGCUCUAGAGGAGCAUUGGCAAGAAACGUGUGGAUCACUUCUGUCCACUCGCCGGGGGCCCAUCUACCCAGAUCCGAACGAGAGUACCUUGUUUACGCUUCCAAUAUCUAGGACAACAACAAGGGCUUCAGUAAUAUCAGGGCCUUCUGGUCGUGUCGCGGUGUCACCGGGAUCAACACAAGCAAGCAUGGAUACUGGGACGGGCGAACCACAUACAGAGAAGACUAAUACGCCAUCGAACACACCAACUCCAUCGCACCACUGCGCAAAGUCAUUAGAGAUGGAGUUAGAUCGUUGCACUUUGACUCGAAGUUCGAGGGAGUAUGGAUUUCUAGCCCCAGGAGAGUCCUCGGGAACGUACAAAGCUGGAUCCUCGCCCCCCCUGCAAAUACAGAUCGAGCAUGCCACGGGUUCGAAUAAUCUCAGAUAUUAUCUGGAGUGGUUGAGCAACGACGAAGCAACGGAAGUUAGAGGGAAAACAUCUACACCGAAGGUGAUCGACACAGAGCAUGUCACUUUGUGCGAGCAGAACUCAUUGUACCUUAUUGCAAAAGACACUGUGUUGAAGGUUGGCUGGACUAGUGAGACGAAGGUCGCUGCUUUUAGCAGGCGAUGA